AAUCAUUUUGUUCCCUAAUUCUGUAAAUCUCUAAAAAAAUUCACACCACCCAAAACUAGUCCCAAGCAACAACCACUAUGUUACACAAUCACCUUAUAAAUACCAAACCUUACCUGAAAGUCUCAACAAACACACCACACUAGCUCCACCCGCUCAACAACUUAUAGCCUUCUACAUUUUCAACAAACAGAUUUAAGCUAAGUGAGAGAAAUGAAUACGAAGACUUGUCUCAUAUUCUUCCUCUCUUCUCUACUCAUCACAAACAUCGCCUUAGCGCAAGACCGAGCUCCUCACGGGUUGGCUUAUGAGACCCCAGUGGCGUUUUCACCUUCUGAAUUUGACUUCUUCCAUGCACAACCAGAAAACCCGGAUGCCACGUUAGACCCUUGCGCUGAAUCCGGCUGCUCGCCUCUCCCUGUGGCUGCGAAGAUUCAAGGAGGUUCUGCAAAAGAACAGCAAAGCGAGAUAACAACAGUGUCAAUUGGUUCCAGAACCGGAAUGGGAGCUGGUGGUGCGGUCAUGAUCAUCUUUGGACUUGUGUUUCCCAUGCUUAUGUGAACCAUUACAACUCCAUCCAACCUAGUGUUAUGAGCUGAUGUUAUGAUAGAGCAAUAUAGCUAGAGUUCGAGUUGAAAUGUGUGUUUUUUUCCUUCACUUUUUCUUGAAGCUUGUAUCUAAUUCCAUAUGCAGCGGUUAAAAGGAGAGUAUUGACUGUUUAUAGUCAGGCCCAGUUUAACGUAAGAAGCAAGCAAUUAUGGCUACAUUUUAGUAAAAUUUAAGAAACAUUUUAAAAUAUUUUUGUUUUAUAUUAACAAGCUUUUCU